AGUGUAACUGCAGAAAGAUUUUGAUUGAAACAUAUCAAUGGACAGAUGACACUGGCAAAAACAAACAUUUUAUCUCAUGAACCACAAAGAAUAGCAUGUGGGAGCUUGUGAACGUCUAUCUUUAAAAUCAAACUUGUUUGAUGAACAAACAAGCAUCUUAAACAAAUUCCCUUGACAACAAAAAUAGAAAUACAAAUAAGACCAAAGAUUUAAGAAAUAAUGGAGCUUUUAGAGGGCCUGGAAACCCAAAAUGUUCAUUCUGGUUUCCCUUUAGUAAUAUGAUCAAACGCAUAAUUUGUUGACACAAUUUUGAAUUUAGACAAAGCCUUGAAAAUCAAAACGCUGACAAAUCAAGGUAGUAAACGGGAUAUUUGAGACAUUGAAAAAUAUUAUCAACAAUCUAGUUUUUGAAUUUAAUGCACUUUCAAAUCAUUUUGAUUUAUUUCCACAUAUCAUUUAUAAUAUAAUUUAUUUCCACAAUUUGACAAGAUACAAUCAACUGGUGUAUAUUCUCAAAAUAUACCAAAAAAACCUUAUAAUCCAAUCAAAUGGUUUAGUGUCUGUGUAUAUAUACUGUAGGUAUAGUUAGUCAAUUUAAAGAUCAUAUUCAGAGGUCAGCAAAAAUUAGAAUUUUUAUCGGGAUACUGCGGCCACAAUUUGAAGAAAGGGGUGAGUAAGCUUUGGUGAGUGUUGGAUAUACUGGAUAGGGGGAACACGCAUGAAUGAAAAGUAAGGCCAUUUUUUGAUACUGUUAACUAAUGAGCGACACCAAUAUAUUGCAAGGAAUGACCCAAUAACCAGCGGUUAUGCCAAGAAAGUUGAAUCUGUUGAGCACAAGGUUUUCAACUCUGGAGGCCAAAAUUAUGUAUUCAUUGCAAAUAGAUGAACUAGAAAUGAUUUAAAUAAUAACGUUGCGAGUGCGACGAUUUUGCCUGAAACUGUAGUCCUGGGUGCGGUCGCACUACAUUUCCCAAGGUGCUUUGUUUAUAGGGGUGGGGCUUUUUGGGCGCGCGCUGUGGAGAAACAUUUGAAAGAAAAAAUGGCGGAAAAACAUUCGGAAGCCUCACAAGAUGGUUUCGGAAAUGUCGCAGUUGAUGAUAACGUCAAAGCUACUGGGAAUACGGUCGACUCGGUGAAACGGACAUCGAAACGAUGCUCCCCCACAAGCCCCAGCACGCCUCCCUCAAACAAAUCUCCUCGGACCGCCUUCCUACCAACCAGCGCAAUGACUCCAGCUGCAGUGGAAGGACAGCCAGAAACGGACCAUCUAAAGAUGGGGGCAGAAAACAAGGAGGGACCCUCGAGUCCGGCCGACCACCCCUCAACACGGAGGAAAUCCUGGAGGAGAGCCACCAUAACCCGACGCUCUCUCCCUGCCCUGCUCAACCCGUACCAAGUUUUGUGUAGGAGCAUAAGUACAUCCUUGUCACAGCAAGAGAGGCUUGAGGAAUUGAUGGAGGCUUCAAUGAAGCUUGCAAUAGAAAGAACUCAAAGUGCAAUACAGUCCGCGCCAAACACCUCACUAGAGUCUUUUCAAAAACAAGUUGUGCACAUUCAGAAAGAGUGGGGUCGUCUUGCUAAGAGGAUACGUGAUGAACCAGAGGGUCAUCAACUCACUGCUAUGGCAGCCAGUUCUAGUGAUCCUGUGGUAGAAAAAGCCAUGCAAAAGGUCAAGAAAGCCAUCAUUAGGUUCCAGGCUGAAAAUGAGUCGUGGCAGGCACUGUUGAUCAAACACCGUAGUAAAGCAGAGGAAUUGGAAAGGAAACUCGAGCAGGGCCAGAAAGGAGGUGUAUCAUUAGACUCUUCAUCUGUGGCCCAGUCCUCACAGUACCAGUUUAUACAGAGUAAACCUGACUACCAGGGUCUCCUCUGUAGACAACAGCCCAUGCUUCACACUAUGGCAAUGAUUAUGGACACUCAAAGUAAAAUGGUGAGAGAGCUUCUGUCCAUCAAGGAGCAGGCACAGCUUCUGGUGAAAGAGACCAGUGGCCGACUGGCGGCAGAGGCAGGAUUCCAGGAUCUUUCACCUGACCUCAUUAGGAACCUCAUUGCAGCACCUUUAUCCUCUGCAACUACAAAGUCCCUCCGGCAGGAUGCAAGCAUAAGCAAUCAAUCAUCUAAUGGACCAUGAACCUUUAAGUCUUGUUUAUGAUACUUGUAUGCAUACAGUUCAUUUUGCUGUUAUAUGAUUUAGGGACAUAUACAAUGUCUUGUUCAGUCCUUGUCACAAAAUGUAUUGCAUAAAAUUAGCUCUAAUUGCAGAAUUUCUGUAAACCACCCCUCCUCCCCAAAGUCAAUCUGAGGUGGAGCAGGUUAUAGAACUAGUUGAGGUAAUGCUUGUGUUUGGCCAGCAGGUGGCAAUAGCUGGCUUUACAGUAGUAUAGAAAAGCUUGGCAAAUGAAGUGGAUUUUUCUGUUGGGCCUUAAUUAAAUGUAAUUAUUCCUACCUGUAAACCCUGAAACCACUAAAACCUGUCUGUUGGGGAUAAAGGAACAGAAUGGAUGUUGCAGAAAACUUUGCCAACAGGGUUCUUGGUCAUAAAACAAACAUGAAAUAGUCCAAUAUAAUGACCGUCUGGAACAAAUCUGAAUUUGUCUUUAAAAAUGGUUUUAAUGGACAAAUUUGAGAAGUCUGAUUACAACCAUUUUAUAAAUAGGUUCACAGGUGACAAUGCAAAGAGUGGCUCACCCAAGAUGACAUGCAUAGUGUUAUUUUCAAAAAAAGUGUAAUUAAACCUGAAUGAACACAUCGACCAUUUUUAAUUGACAUGUAUAACAGUAGAACAUUAACUUAAAACAUUGUAAAAUAUAAAAGGAUUGUAAUACUCUACAGUUUGCCUAGUCCAGUUGAUUUAUACAGUCUGUUUUACAACCUCAUCUCCAGCACAUAUAUCUCUUUUGGUGCUGCAUCUAUUUCACUUCAUUGGUGUCCCCUGACCAUUCAGGAGGAGGCCCCUCCCCCAUAGUGACUCACCCCCAUCUCUUGCAUUUGGCUGGGUCACUGAUGCAGAACGAAGCUUUGACAUUGUACCAGUCAGUCAAAGCUUUGUUCUCUAUCACUCCUAUCUCUUGGACCCAGUCCCUCAUUAAGGUUCAUACUUAGUGGUUUUCUGGUGAUUGCAGAAGGAAGAAUCUCCUUCUUUCCUGUUGCCUACAAUUAAUAAUAUUGAAUGGAUUUUCUUGCUUUGCAGUUAUGGUUUGAGAAUGUUUUGAAUUUUCCUUCAGAUGCUAUUCAAGGGAGUCGCUAGAGAGAACAGGGACAUGCACAGAGACGACAAGUGGGGUUGUGACCGUGAGAGUUGUGAGUGAGGGAGGAUGGUGCACAGCAGGAAGAUCGAUUCUUAUUUAGAUGAAAAUGAGGCUUGAUGCUUCUGAGGGGAGAGGAGGGCAACUUUAGCAUCUAAAUGAAUAGAGGUUUCACAGAAAUUAUCCUUAAAUGAAUCACUAACAAUGAAAGGUAUUAAGAAGUUUACAAAGCCACUAGCUUUGGGGUUAGGAGAUAAUCCCUGCAGCUCUUCACUUUUGCAUUAUACAAUGUUGCUUUAAACAUUUAAACCACUCUGUCCCAGGAAAAUGGCAUUUUAGAAGUUUUUCAUGUUUCCUUGUU